CGACUCACUGUUUAAAGCUUUUUAUUUUCCACACAGACACCCACACUUUCUCUCUCUACAAGACUAGAACUUUAACGCGUCCGUGCCUCCGUGGGGUAACCUCUUUACUUUCUCUCUCUACAAUACAUACAAUAUUAUUCUCUUUCUGGGUAUGUUUCAUCUUUCAAUUUUAGAGACUGGGUCUGGUUUGUUAUCAUCGAAAUCAGCCUAAAUUCCCUAACUUUAUGAAUCCUUAUAUACACCCAUAUAUAUAUAUAUUGAUAGUGAUAAUAUAUAUGUUUAACCGUUUUUAGGGCUUUUUGACUUGUGGGUGUUUAUCAAGUUGUAAUCUUUUUAAGCCUCUUGAAAUACCCAGAAAGGAAUUUUGUGUAAAAAUUGUGGAAGAUGAAAAGAAGUAAAGUUGAUUUGUUGUUGAUUUUGAAGCAAAAAAGAUCUAUACAUGUGCUGAUAUUUUUAGGGAUUAUCUAUUUGUUUAUGGUUGGUUUAGAAGUGCCUUUUGUAUCGAAAAUAGUUAGUCAAGAAGAAGAUAAUGAUAAUAGGAGUGAUUCUAGUGGUUUUUUCUUUAGUGAUAAAAUGACUAAAAAGCCUUUUGUUGCUUUAGAUAGUGAAGAGGAGCUACAGGAUAAGAAAGCCCCAAUUAGACCUUUAGAUUUCCCCCAAAUAGUUGCAAAAACUCCUUCGAAUUCCCGGCAUUCGCGGAGAAUUCGAGAGUUUAAGGUUUUGUCAAGUUUGAAUUUUGAUGUUAAUAGUUUAAAUGGUGAACCGAAAGAGGGGUUUGGUGGGAUACAAAAGUCUGCAACUGAAGCAUUUUCGGUUGGGAAGAAGUAUUGGGAAGAACUUGAAUCGGGUAAACUUAAGUUACCGUCUGAAAAGAGGAAGAAUCAAACUCGGGAGAGUUGUCCGAAUUCGAUAAUGUUAUCGGGGAAGGUUUUCCGAGAGAAGGGAAAUAUUAUUGUGCUUCCUUGUGGGAUGACAUUGGGAUCACAUAUAACACUUGUUGGUAGGCCUAGAGAGGCACAUGCAGAGCAGAACCCGAAGAUUUCAUUGUUGAAAUCGGGUCAGUAUUUGAUGGUUUCACAGUUUAUGAUGGAGUUACAGGGUUUAAAAACUGUUGAUGGGGAAGACCCACCAAGGAUUUUGCAUUUUAAUCCCAGGUUGAAAGGUGAUUGGAGCGGAAAGCCCAUAAUUGAGCAGAAUACAUGUUAUAGGAUGCAAUGGGGAUCUGCUCAUAGAUGCGAAGGAUGGAAAUCUAGGGCUGAUGAAGAAACUGUUGAUGGUCAGGUGAAAUGUGAGAAGUGGAUCCGUGAUGACGAUGAACACACAGAAGAGUCAAAAUCAAGCUGGUGGUUGAAUCGGCUAAUAGGUCGAACCAAAAAGGUUACUUUUGACUGGCCUUACCCUUUUGCAGAAGGGAAGCUAUUUGUCCUGACUCUUAGUGCAGGAUUAGAGGGGUAUCAUGUUAAUGUUGAUGGACGACAUGUUACUUCGUUUCCUUAUCGAACUGGCUUUGCGUUGGAGGAUGCCACUGGACUGGCUUUAAAUGGAGAUAUUGAUGUGAACGCUGUAUAUGCUGCUUCCCUACCCUCAACACAUCCUAGUUUCGCUCCUCAACGACACCUGGAAAUGUCAAUCAAGUGGAAGGCCCCACCUCUUCCAGAUGGUCCCAUUGAUAUGUUCAUUGGCAUUCUUUCAGCAGGAAAUCAUUUUGCUGAACGUAUGGCUGUCAGGAAGUCCUGGAUGCAGCAUAACCUUAUUAAGUCGUCACACGUUGUUGCUCGUUUCUUUGUUGCAUUGCAUGCAAGAAAGGAAGUGAAUAUUGAGUUGAAGAAAGAAGCAGAUUUCUUUGGCGAUAUCGUGAUUGUGCCUUACAUGGAUAAUUAUGACCUUGUAGUGUUGAAAACUGUUGCAAUAUGUGAAUACGGGGUUCAUACCGCAUCCGCCAAGUAUAUCAUGAAAUGUGAUGACGACACAUUUGUUAGAGUUGAUGCUGUUCUUAAUGAAGCAAAUAAAAUUGGUGAUGGUAAAAGCCUGUAUGUGGGAAAUAUCAAUUAUUACCAUAAACCCCUACGAUAUGGUAAAUGGUCUGUAACGUAUGAGGAAUGGCCGGAAGAAGAUUAUCCACCAUAUGCAAAUGGUCCAGGCUACAUAUUAUCAUCAGAUGUUGCCGAGUUCAUUGCAAUGAAGUUUGAGAAACAUAAAUUGAAGUUGUUCAAGAUGGAAGAUGUGAGUAUGGGAAUGUGGGUAGAACAAUUCAACACCACAAAAAGCGUUGAAUACGUUCACAGUUUGAAGUUUUGCCAGUUCGGAUGUAUAGAAGAUUACUAUACAGCACAUUAUCAGUCUCCAAGACAAAUGCUUUGCAUGUGGAACAAGUUACAGCUCCAUGGCCGCCCCCAAUGUUGCAACAUGAGAUGACACCCACUCACUUUUUUCUUGUAGAUGAUGAUGAUAAAGUAGCUUCAAGAAAAAAUGUGGGCUGAUCAAGAAAGGCCCUUUCUGGAUGUUUUUUUAUUAUUUUGUUUCUUGUCCCCCCCUCUUUCUUAGAUGGGUAUUGUAUACAUGUGCUCCGGAGAAGUUUUGAUACCACAAAAUCUUGGGUCGUUGUAAUUUACUGUAGAACUUAAAUGAGAUGGAAAGAUUUUGUUGGGUUUUAAUCUAAAAGGCACGUCUUUCCCUUUUCAGAUCA